CAUAAGAACCUAAACUCAAAAACCUAUCUAGCUAGUACAGAACUAAAAUGUCUGGUGUUUGGGUGUUCAACCAGAACGGUGUGGUUCGACUAGUGGAGAGCCCUGGAGGUGAUUCCUGCCAGGGUUCGGCUCGACGUAAGGUCCUGGUCCAUGUACCAACGAACGAAGUGGUGACUUCCUAUGAUAGGCUGGAGAGAAUCUUGUCAUCUUUAGGAUGGGAAAGGUACUAUGAUGAUCCUGAUUUGUUGCAGUUUCACAAAAGGUCCACUGUUCAUCUCAUUUCUCUCCCUAAGCACUUCAACAAGUUCAAGUCUGUGCAUAUGUUUGAUAUAGUCGUCAAGAACCGCAACAUGUUUGAAGUAAGAGAUGUGUAGUAUCUUAGCUAAACUGACUAGGUCUUUCGGUUUGAUUAUAUAUAUCUACGUGAUCGUUUUCUCAAAAGUUUAUAGGUUUGUUUGUUUCCUCUGAUGGGUAUGAGGGAAACUAUGUAUCUUUUGCUGACAAAGCACGUCCAAGUUUGAUUAUGGGUUGUCACAAUGUUCAAGUGCAUAAAAGAGCUCAAAUUUGAGUUUCUGCUUUUUUAGGGUUCAAGAAGCUAAUUUCAUGUAGCACAAAGUUUGUUGUUCAUGUAUCUGAAAAUCAUAUAUUGGUAUUACGCGAUGAAGAAUCAAGUUUCUGUGUGACUACAAAUCUCUAUAUGUAUAUAUUACAAAAUCUUUAUCAUU